AUUCUGUGUGAACCACAUUAAAUUUAUUCCUGUCAUUAUUAAAGAUCAUGUAUGUGCCGAGGUUUGCCCAUCCAUCGUCUUUUCAGGGGUUUACGAGAAUGGAAAUGUCACGUGUCCCCCUCGGUACUACUUCUGUGCCGAGACGGAAGGGUGCGCUGUAUGUAAGAAGGAGAACAAUCCUUGUCCAGCCGGUUUGGUUUAUUGUGUGGAAGAAGAAGUGUGCGCCGUCAACUGCUCACAAACUGACCAGUGUACACCAGGUUUUGUAUUCUGUGAAGACAUGCAAGUCUGUCUGCCAUCGUGUAAUAGCACUGUUUUCUGUUCCACGAACGAGAUUUUCUGUCCCAGAACACAAAGUUGUUCCAACAUUUCGGAGUGUUAUCAAAACGAAUCGUCUUGUAGUUUCACGUUGAACGUUACUUCAACUUCUAUUACGUGUUUACGAGAAGAAGCUUGUCCCCAGGACUCCUCGUGCUGUCCCAGCGAGAAUGGAUUGCCCAUCUGCGUGACGGCCUCGGGAGUUCCUCUUACUACAGACGAAGUACCUUAUCCCACGAUUGCUAUGUUUACUGACACUCUAGACGCUGUGGAAAUUACUUUUACGACCGCGUUAACUCCACAGGGACCACUCAAUUGUUCGAAAGUGUUUGACGAAAGAAGUUUAAAACUGUUUGGUCAAGACCCUGGAUGUGUUAGUGUAGCAGACACUCUGGUGGUUCAGCUUGGACGAGAAGCUUUGGUAGAACCUGGUGACCUGCUUUCGCUUCAACCUGGUAACGAAAUAUAUAACCGAGACGGGUCAUCACCAGAAAAGUUUGAAGCUACUGGGAACAUGAAGCUAGAGGACGCCACUAGUCCGCUUACUCCAUAUUUCGAACUGUUCGGCCCGAGGGAGGUCUGUGGAGGAACUAUUAAUAUUACUGUGGUGGACGUUUCGGCGGACGCUAGCCAUGAAAUGGAAUAUUUUCGAAGUAUUUUCCCCAUGGAUACGUCAGAUCCGACUAUAUAUUUCGGUCUCCACGUGUUAGAACUGGAAAUUUCUCGACAACAGAACACAGAUCCCAGAUUGUUGUCAUUUUCAAGUAAUCAGCUAAAAGACGACAUCGACUACAUCAUCAUAUUCACGGCCAGGAAUCGUCUGGGAAUAGAAACCUACCUUCCUACAAUUCACAAAGUGAGGCGAACAACUAAGCCACUGGCUCUUACACUUAUAGGCCCUAAACUUGUGGACUCUUACGAUGAUGUCACCUUUUCUGUAUCUGUUGAUGUCUGCGCAGACGUAAAUACUGCAACGUCUGAAUUUCAGUUCACGUGGUCAACGGAUAGUACUGAGUUCAGUUUAGCAGCUUACUCGGGAAGUAGCGUAACAAUCACUAAUGAACAUCUGGUUGGUGGUAAAUCAUACGCUAUUUCCGUUUCCGUCUCUGUGAAUGGAAGCAACGCUUUACGAGGAGAAGCCAGUAGCUCAUUUUAUGUUAAGAAACCUUCACUUAGCCCCUGGAUAGACCCCGAAAGCCUCGUUGUUGGAGACCAAACACCAUACUUUGUACUAGAAGGUACCCCUUACCUAAACGUCGAUCCCACGACAGCCACUCAGGAAAACGUUUUGGUCGAGUGGUCAUGCAGCCGACAGAUGGCGUCAACUUCUUGUUUUAAUACAACUGUAGUAACCAAUGAAAAUACACUAAUUGUUCCGAGUGGACUAUUAGAACCCGAGAGCUACAACAUAACCUUCAAGGCCACAAGAAGUCUAUUUGAAGCUAAGGCACAAUCUCGUGUAACUGUCCGACCGGGUAACGUGCCUCUUGUUCAUGUGAAAAGAUCUGAGGUUGGACCCGUCAGUCCUACUGAAAGGCUGGUAAUCAAUGGUUAUAUCACUAGUGAUGUCUAUGUGAAAGUAUGGUGGGAGGGCGUAGUCGAAAAAGAGUUCGCCACAACUUCUCUUGACGGACUAACGCCUUCUUUCGAAUCAAGAAAUUACUCUAACCCUGUGGUCAAACGUCCAUUUCCUUUGUUGAUCCCAGCUGCUAAUGCUGAAUGGCCUGGACUUAUGGGUGGCACUCGUUAUAAGUUUGCUUUAAUAGCAGAACCAAUGAAUGGGGGAGAACGUGGUCGUGCCGAAAUAAUUGUAGAAACAGACCAACCUCCAACUGGAGGGAGUUUUCAGGUAGAGCCACCAUCUGGAGUUGCAUUACAAACGCCUUUCACUAUGAACGCCACGAAAGGAUGGAAAGACAAUCCUCAAGACUACCCCCUGAAAUACACUAUUUCAUAUCAAAUAAAUGAUGAAGAUCCAGGAACUCCAGUAAAAAUAUUUACUGGAAUACCACCUUUUAUUGAAAAUGUUAUUCUGCCAGGAGGUGAGACAACUCGGGCCUUAGCCACUGCAAAAGCAGCAGUUAUGUUAGGAGACAGCCAAUCAAAGACUUUGUUUCAAGAUGUUGUAGAUAAAAUAGCUGAAACAUACAAUACUGGGGAAGACCCAGCGGUAGCCAGAACUUCAGCCAUCGCUCUGAGAAGUGAGAAGCCAGAAUUUGAUUUCUUAGUUGGAGAAUAUUUGGUAUUAGCAUCACUGGACGAUGAUGAAAACAACCAGGUUAGUCUGGGCUCUGACGUCAUCGGUACUUAUAGCAUAUGGCAGUCCAACGAUCAGUUUUAUUAUAGCGCAUGCGUGGGCUCAGCUGAAAUAAUGUCUGAUUUAGCUAAGCAAGUUGCCGGAGAAAGUCUACGUGGACCAUUAAUUCUGCUUCAGUUUUAUAACCCCGUUACCGGCAGCCAGAUGGCUAUGGAGCCACUCUCGGUUCCAAUGACUUUCAAGAUUCCUGUUGAAAAUGUCGAAGUUGAUGAAGGCGACAUGCUUGCG